UCUCUUUGCAAAAAGCAGUAUAUUUUUAAGUAGGAAACCUUAUCAAGCACUUGACUUCACCUCUCAACCACUGUCAGUCAGAUGGAGUAGCAGGCCUUAAGCUUGGGGUCUCCAGAACUUCUCAGACAUUCAUGAGAAGCAGAUUAGGUUAGCACCUCCCAGUGACACCAGAUCUGUGCAUCACAGAAGGGACCAGCAAUACACAUUUUCAGGCAUUAGUAUGCAGCCCUAUAUACGCUGAGCUCACCAUAACACUCAAAGACAUGCUUUUAUGCCAAUUUUUUGCUGUUGCAAUCCUUAGUGUAGCAUUUUUUCCUGUGGUAUCAAACCACUCUGAAAGGUGAUGGCAGUCCCUUUAUUUGCAUUCAUGUCUCCUUUCAAGUCCUGAUAUUAGGCAUCCAUUGGUGCCACUUAUCUUGGGGUGGUUCCAAAGCUCCACAGAAAUCAUCACCAAAUCACAGAAUGGGCUGGGUUGGAAGGGACCUUAAAGAUCAUCAAGUUCCAACCUCCCUGACAUGGACAGGGACACCUUUCACUAGACCAAACUGCGCAGAGAUCCAUCCAACCUGGCACUAAACACUUCCAAAGGUGUGCUGCUUUAGCUCCCUAAUCUGAGCCAAAACAAAUCAAACAAAAAAGGAUGAGCUGAGUUAAAGCAGCUCAGCAAGGUGUCCUACGAUUCCCUGUGGAACUGUCCAGAUUCCCCUGUGGAACUCUGGUGAAGAACCACGUGGCAAAAACGGGAGCAAUGACCUCCACUCAUAGGUGGCUGUAACAGCUGCUCCAAUGCUUGCGAAACUAUUGCCCUCCGUAUCACACAUACUAAACUUAAUGGAAGUUCUCUGUGAGGAAGUCUCCAUAUAGAGAAAAAAACCACCCCGAACCAACACCAAAAUUGGGGAAAAAAGGUCUCUCAGCACAAGUUUGUAUCAGCCCAUUUUAUCGGUGUAGGCAACACGUUUUGAUGUGGUAUUGUGUCCUACACCUGGCAUUUUGCAGACAAGAAGCCAUCCCAAUCACUUUGCUACCACAGGACAGAAAGUAUGCUAGGUUAUCAAUGGAGAAACCCAAGAAACUACUAAUUAAAAGGAAAAGGUACUACGAUGGGGUAAAUGUUCAUAGGAUAAACUCCACGUUCCUGUAGGUCCCUGCCUCUCCACAACUGCGGGCAGCAGCUGGCUCCACUCCGCCGUGAGCGGCCGCUCGGCCCCGGGCCGGCCCCCGAGCGCCGCCCCGGCUCCCGCCCGGCCGCGCCGUCGUGGGGCUCCCCCAUUGGCCCGCCCGGAGCGCAGGAGGCCGAGCCCCGAGCGCCGCGCGAGGCGCCGGCCGCCCCUGCCGGCCGUCAGCGCGCCCUCACCCGCCCCGGCCCCUGCUCUCGGCUCCCGAACCCUUCACCUUCCCGGCGGGCAGCGACCGCCGCCCGGCCCGGCUCGGCCCGGCCCUCCCCCGCCACUCCCUUCCCUCUCCGCGCCGCACUCACAGCGUGACCCGGGAGACGGCGAUGCGGACGGGCACGCUGCGCUCCUUGAAGGCGGUGGUGAUGAAGCAGCCGAAGUAGCACACAGUCUGUACAUCAGCAACCUCCUCUCUUCAUACUUUAUGAAGAGUAGUAUUUGGUUUGAACUAAUGGGCUUGAGCUCCUGUUUAGAAAAGGACACAGCAGCUGCUUGAUGUUUUCCAGUCACUCCAGCUUCUGAAUUUCUUGUACCUCUCAGAUUGAAAGAAAUGAGUAGGAUUUGUAAUUGCUAUUGGCUGGAAGUGCCAUGGGGAGAUGGAGAUUUAGGUUCUUGGGCAGAUCGCUCACCUCUGCAUGAGGCAGCCAGUCAAGGACGUCUUCUUUCUCUGAAGACUUUAUUGUCACAGGGGUACAAUGUAGACACACUAACAAUUGACCAAGUAACUCCACUCCAUGAAGCCUGCCUGGGAGACCAUGUAGGAUGUGCAAGAAUCCUCCUUGAAGCAGGAGCGAAUGUAAAUGCUACAACAAUUGAUGGAGUGACACCUUUAUUUAAUGCCUGUUCGAGAGGCAGUGCAGCAUGUGCUGAGCUCCUGUUACAAUAUGGUGCCAAAGCUCAGUGGGAGUCCUGUCUGCCAUCACCAACACAUGAAGCAGCCAGCAGAGGUCACAGUGAAUGUCUGGAGGUACUGAUAUCCUGGGGUAUAGAUGUUGACCAAGAUCUUCCUCAUUUAGGAACACCUCUGUAUGUAGCUUGUGUUUCACAGCAGAUCCAUUGCAUUCGAAAGCUUCUUUAUGCAGGUGCCAACGUGCAGAAAGGAAAGCAUUUGCAAACUCCACUCCAUGCUGCUGCCCAGCAUUCUAGUACAGAGAUUGUAAACUUACUCCUUGAAUUUGGGGCAGACAUAAAUGCCAAAAAUUCAGAUUUUGAGAGGCCUGUUGAUUUAGCUGCUCCAAGCAGUUUAGUGGAGAGACUGCUGCUCUUCCAUGAAGCCACACCAUCGUCUCUUUGUCAGCUCUGCCGACUAUGUAUCCGAAAUUACAUAGGAAGAGCUAGACUGCAUCUUGUUCCACAACUCCAGUUGCCAACAAUACUUAAGAAUUUCUUACAGUAUAGAUAACAUAGUAAUUAAUAGUUAGAAACUUAAAUGUAGUGAGUACAUUUUUUUCUCUCUGUUUAUCUAUGUAUGUUUUAUCUGAAGAACUGCUGGGCGGAAAAAAAAAAAGCCUUUUGCAUAUUGCUUAAAAAAAUUGUAUCUUUGACACCUGGUGUUGGUAAUGUAAUAGUAAUUGUGAGCCAUUCAGCAACUAGUGCCAAGGUGCUAAUCCAGCUGAAUUGAAUAAGUGUGCUGAUACUCUGGGACAUGAUUGUAUAACUUUAUCUUAACUCUUUAUAGCUUUAGUGCUGUUAACUUUAACUGUGUUUAUGUUUUUAAAAUCUGUUUGACACACCUCAACCACAAAGAGUUUCUUCAUUAUUAUUUGUUAAGUUUGUCCAUUUGGAGUCAAUAUUUUAUGUAUUUUCAAAUUUCUGUUGUUUGUGUACCUAAAAAUACUUGGUGAUGGGUACACUAUAUGCAUUGAUAAAAAUAAAACAAUUAAACAUUAAUUCUUUUUAUUUUUCUUCAUAUAGACAAUUCAUUAAUCACAGUGAGAAACUUGCUUUACUCUUCCUCACUGCCUGUGUUGUGGGUUGUAAUUAAACUGAUAUGAACAUAA